AACAAAGAUACCGUUAAACAGAUUAGAACAUGAUAGGUCUAAAUCUUGGGUAAAGGUUAGUGUUCAAAGUCAGAUUUACUAGUGCACUUUGCUGCUACACAUGCACCUGGUCCAUUGCAUACGUGUAGCUGCAACAGAGAAAGCAAAAGCCAAUAAAGAUGAUGCUCGUUAGCAUUGUGUUCGUAUGCAUAAUCAAUACGGUCCUUAGCGAAAGCCAACCACAGCUGCAACCGGACCCCGAAGUAUGGAUAGAAAGGGGCGCUCCAGACUGCACGACGACGGAGGACGACUGCGGGGUGUUUGGACUCGAGUACGUGCGUAGCGGGGUCGGCGAGGGGUCAGCGUGCGACACGGGCACCGCCGUGCUGUGUCGCUCGUCCGCGCCGCACACGUCUCUCGUCGAUACGCCCGCGCACACGCUCGCAGCUCUCUCCUACAACGCGUUCGAGCGUAACUGGUUCAUGUCGCACGACGGGCAGCGGGAGCGGUCGUGUCGCGUGCCGGCGACGCUCAGACGCAUGCUACCCGACCUAGACGUCAUCGGGUUCCAGGAGGUUUUCAUGGGCGGCUGCUUCCGCGGAAAGCUCACGUUGCGCCACCUGCUGGCACAACACGGCUUCCCCUACACAACGCGCACUGUCGGAGCGAUAAUCCCGCAGGCCGUUACCGACGACGAUAACGACAUGAGAGUCGGCUUCAAGGUGUUGAACGGAGGGAUGUUUGUCGCCUCUCGCUGGCCCAUCGUGCAGGAGGACUCAAUCAUCUACGAGAACGCCGACCCCCUGUCGUGGGACGGGUUCUCAAAGAAGGGAGUCUCCUACGCCAAGAUCAACAAGACGGAUGCCUCUGGCAGGUGGAAGCUGUAUAACCUCUUCAGCACACACCAGCAGACGGGCGACAACGCCGACAUCAAAGUGGGACAGGCCGCGGAGCAGCGAGCGUUCGUAGACCGCCUCGCCAUCCCGCCCGACCAACCCGUCCUCUUCCUCGGCGACUACAAUAUAGAUCUCUACGACGACGACGAGCUUCUCUCGGCCGUCAUGGCGACGCUCGAGGCGACGCUGCCAGCGACGGUGGGCGAGCGAGAGUGCACGUCCGACGGGGAGAACGACCUUCACGACGACGAGAAGUCGUGCUCGUGGCUGGACUACGUCGCGUUCAGCCACACGCACGAGAAGCCGACCCACGCGACGAUGGAAGCCGUGCGACCGAUGCAGGAGGAAGGCUUCCCCAUCUGCUUUGACGAGGGAAAGAUUCUACGCUUCGGGUAUCUGUGGCCGGACGACGAGCGAUGUACAAAUAAGAACUAUGCCGUGCGAGACCUCUCGGAUCAUUUCGCGGUUCUCGGGCGAUACAUGUUCCCCGAGUAGAGCCGGGAUCGGAUCAAUCCCGAUCAGAUUAAUCUGGAUGCUGGAACCGCUUCUCUCGCUUCUGUUUCGUUUUCGAAUGAUAACAAAAUUAUCGCGAUAGCAGAGAGCUAAACAUGCGCACUGCGAAAGCGCCCUUUCUUAGCACAAAUUAAUAGGAUGAUAAUUGCCUCCCACGUUGUGAGCUUUAUCAGUACAGAGUUAUGUAGUCAAGGUUUAUUAAUAGGAUGAUAUUGCCUCCCACGUUGUGAGCUUUAUCAGUACAGAGUUAUGUAGUCAAGGUUUAAUUAAUAGGAUGAUAAUUGCCUCCCACGUUGUGAGCUUCAUCAGUACAGAGUUAUGUAGUCAAGGUUUAAUUGAUAGGACGAUAAUUGCCUCAAACUUGUGCACGACAAGUAACACUGACACGUUUUUACCAAUCUCAGAUAUCAAGCUCUUAUUAUCUGUAUUCGCAGCGUCGAUCUAUCUUAGGCGGAAACCAUCUUUCAAAUAGAAAAAUUACAAUAAUGUGUGUACAUACACAGUGCUUCUACCAUUUCCAUUUUAAAUGGUGAUUAAUUAUAUGCUGACAUAGUCCGCGUAAACACAAGUCAGCUCGUGGGAAUAGUUCCACUGCUACUAACCCCACCCAUUAUUUCCUUAUUAGACGACAUAUAUAUGUCAAUAAUCGGUGAAUCAUCAAUUAUACAAUUUCUGGUCCAAAAAGUAGUCAACUCACAACGCAAUAAGUAAACCCAUGGAUGCAUUAUAAGCAUUUGAUUCCCAGUAUUGUCGCUAGAUUAGAUCUAAUAGCUACACCCACUUCUCCAAGUAUUGGCAUGGUGUGGUCCUAGCAGAGUAUUAACUUUCAAUCUAUAUACCAAAUACCAACUUGCGAUUCUGUGACUCUCUAUUGUAUUUGUAAUGUAAUAUAUAGACUAAUAAAUUGUGCCGUAGAAAUUUU